AUGCUGUUUGUGACUGUCAUGGAGCGCAUCUUCUUCCGCAGCUACCACCUGCCCACGCUAAAUAUACCCAAAUUCAAUGAAAUAUCAGUCUCCUCGUGGAUACGCGUUAUGAACAUGUCUACAAUCACCGAUUUCGGCACCAUGUCAGGUCCAAGCUUCCACUGUCUUUCGGCCGGCAUCGGACUCUUCUUCACGCUGCUAAUUUUUUGCGAAACAAUGCUUAACAGCAUCACAGCCCUGAAGCCAAAGGCCAAGAAACCUAGUCCUGUUAUCAUGGACCAUAUUCUCACCAAUGUUGUCUUCCCUCUCAUCUCCGUCUUCCUCGGAUGGCCGUUUAUGUCUGGAGUACCCGUACGAACCAUUGCAAAUACAAUGGCCCUCGUCAAGCUGGAACCGCACCCUCCACCAGGAAAGCCAGCACAGUAA